AUGACUGAACGUGCUAUCCUAGCUAGCAGAAAUGAAUAUGUUGAUCAGCUAAAUGAAAUGUUAAUUUCCAGAUUUCCUGGUGAAAGCAGAAUGUUUCUUAGUUUUGAUUCUGCAGAGGAUGAUACCAACAACUACUAUCAGGAAGAUUACUUAAAUACUCUAACACCAAACGGUCUACUUCGACACAAAUUGGUGUUUAAAAAAAAUGUGCCUAUCAUUUUACUGAGAAAUUUAGAUGCUUCCAAUGGCUUAUGCAAUGGCAUGAGAAUGAUAUGCGGAGGUUUUGACAAUAAUGUCAUAUGUGCAGAAAUAAUGAUGGGCCAAAAUGCUUUCAAGCAUGUCUUUAUUCCACGAAUUCAGCUAUCACCUCCCGAAAAUGAAGGUUAUCCAUUCAAAUUCAUUAGAAAACAAUUUCCAUUAUAUGUUGUACUUUCAAGGGGAAUAUCAAUGACAACAACAAAGGUUUUGGUCAUGACGGAACAGCUUAAGCGAAGAAAAGGGACAUACACUAAAAACAUCGUCUGUAAAGAGAUAUUAGGUUCAGAAGAUACACAGUGUUGA